CGCCGCGCACCCCGUCGGGUCCGCCGUGCCCGCCCAGCGCAGCCUCUCGCCGGCUGUAUGCUCCAGGCCUCAAUGAGGAGCCCAAACAUGGAGACGUUCAAGCAGCAGAAGGUGGAGGACUUUUAUGACAUCGGAGAGGAGCUGGGCAGCGGCCAGUUUGCCAUUGUGAAGAAGUGCCGAGAGAAAAGCACGGGGCUGGAGUACGCGGCCAAGUUCAUAAAAAAGCGGCAGAGCCGGGCCAGCCGGCGGGGAGUGAGCCGGGAAGAAAUCGAGCGGGAGGUGAGCAUCCUGCGGCAGGUGCUGCAUCCCAACGUCAUCACGCUGCACGAUGUCUUCGAGAACCGCACCGACGUGGUGCUCAUCCUGGAGCUAGUGUCGGGAGGAGAGCUAUUUGACUUCCUGGCCCAGAAGGAGUCGCUGAGUGAGGAAGAGGCCACCAGCUUCAUCAAGCAAAUCCUGGACGGUGUGAACUACCUUCAUGCCAAGAAAAUUGCUCACUUUGAUCUCAAGCCAGAAAACAUUAUGUUGUUAGACAAGAAUAUUCCCAUUCCACACAUCAAGCUGAUUGACUUUGGCCUGGCUCAUGAAAUAGAAGAUGGAGUUGAAUUUAAGAACAUUUUUGGGACGCCAGAAUUUGUUGCUCCAGAAAUUGUGAACUACGAGCCCCUGGGACUGGAGGCUGACAUGUGGAGCAUAGGCGUCAUCACCUACAUCCUCCUAAGUGGAGCAUCUCCUUUCCUGGGAGACACGAAGCAGGAAACGCUAGCAAAUAUCACAGCCGUGAGUUAUGAGUUUGACGAGGAAUUCUUCAGCCAGACCAGCGAGCUGGCCAAGGACUUCAUUCGGAAGCUUCUGGUUAAAGAGACCCGGAAACGGCUCACAAUCCAAGAGGCUCUCCGACACCCCUGGAUCACGCCGGUGGACAACCAGCAAGCCCUGGUCCGCAGGGAGUCUGUGGUCAACCUGGAGAACUUCAAGAAGCAGUAUGUCCGCAGGCGAUGGAAGCUCUCCUUCAGCAUCGUCUCCUUGUGCAACCACCUCACCCGCUCCCUGAUGAAGAAGGUGAACCUGCGGCCAGAUGAGGACCUGAGGAAUUGUGAGAGUGACGCAGAGGAGGACAUCGCCAAGAGGAAAGCUCUCCACCCCCGGAGGAGGAGCAGUACCUCCUAGCUGGCCCAGCUCUCUCUGCGCAGACUCUGGGUCCCCACUCGUUACCAGUGCCCAGGCAUUCUGCAUCCCUGAACGCUUUGCAAGACAGAUGGGCCUGCAGGAUUCUGAAGACUUUAGGGAGGAGCAAGGAGCCCCUGGGAGCAGUGGCCAUCUCCUAAGGAGGAGGCCCCAACGUCCCCAAGCUCUUAUUCUCCAUAAAACGGGCUUUCACCUGUCUUCCAACCUCAGAACCUGGGAUGAGGUGUGGACUUGAGAAAACAAUGUCAAUGAACAUCAUCACCAUGGGGGAAAGGUCAGACUCCAGCAGGUUUCCUCACAGGAUGAGGGAGUUCAGAACUAGCCUGGUCAAAAAUUACACCAGAAAGACAGAGGCCUCCCCCAUGGGAACAAGACAAGUGAGAAGAGUGAAUCUUAGGGUGUGAGGGACCAAUCCUGUGACCUCCCAGAACCCACAUGGAGUCCGUAUGUUGGGCUGACCAACAUAUUAGACCUUCUAAAGCAGCCCACUGUAUUAUAAUUUUUUUCACUUUUAUUAAACUUCUGAUUUGCCUGAUGCUUGGCUUCUUUUAGGGCUAUCCCCAUCUGGUUUCCUUUAGCUCAGGUGCCUGACUCUAGGGGAGCACCCAGCAUUGGGGUGCUGAGGGGACGGUGCCUCAGAAGGCCACAGUGAACCAUUCCCUCUGGAUCAUAGGGCACCUGCCUUCUACACCCUUCC